UCAAACCCAAAGCGAAUUUUCGUUCUCUUUUUCGUGACAUCUGCUGCCAGCAAGUCGUAUUUUCGCAAGUUAAAUUGCAAAAAAUCAACCAAAAAUGUCUGAUACCGAAGUUGAAGUCGCUGCCCCCGCCGUUGGAGGAGCCAUGGAUGUCAACACUGCCUUGCAAGAGGUUCUCAAGAAGGCCUUGAUUGCCGACGGUCUCGUACACGGCAUCCAUCAAUCGUGCAAAGCUUUGGACAAACGUCAAGCUGUUUUGUGCAUCCUUGCCGAAAGCUGCGACGAAGCCCAAUACAAGAAAUUGGUGACUGCCCUCUGCAACGAACAUCAAAUUCCGUUGUUGCACGUCGACUCACACAAAAAAUUGGGAGAAUGGUCCGGUUUGUGCAAAAUCGACAAAGAAGGCAAGCCCCGCAAGAUCUGUGGAUGCUCUUGCGUUGUCAUCAAGGACUUUGGAGAGGAAACUCCCGCCUUGGACAUCAUCAAGGAACGUUUGAGACAAUCAUAAAAGGUCUCAAAUCCAAGAAUUCCCUAAAAAUAAAAGGAAAUCUUCUAUAAAAA